CCUUCAUAGAUUGGUUAAACUUUUGUCAUGUAUUUAUAAAUCUUAGCUGUGGCUCGGACGGCGAUGCUCUUGGUCGGAAGCCGAUUUGAACAUCCUAGGACGGAAAAUGCUCGCUAUAUAGGAGCGCCCCUCGUUACGAAUGGCCGAUGCGUCUACCCCGAGAGCUGGCAUGAUGGAUGGCGCUGUUGGCUUUCAGCAGCUGCAGCCUGAGCAGCACCUCGUGUUCCUACUGGAUGUUGAUGCGCUAUCAAGCCAGGCUCCCGCGGAUGCUAGCCAUGCUUCUCAAGCCAAUAACAACCAUCACACUUCAGCAAGUGCUUAUGGCGGGCGUCCAGGCGAUGACAAGCUUGUCACUGAAAAUGUCCCCGAGCUGCAAACGCGCAUCUCCCAAGUCUUUGCCCAGCUGAAUAACAUACCUACUGCCGUCUCAUACGGGUUGAUAAGCUCAAAGUCGAAAUUUAUAUACGAGCGGAUAUCUAAGCUCAAAGUCAGUGUUGCCAGCAGCAGCUGCCCGAGCGGCGUGGUUCCAGCCACUACUAGCGGUAAUGCGGGGAAUGGCAAAAUUUCCAGCCCACGCACACCCCGCGAUAUCCACUGGGAGAUGCGGGAACUCCUCAUCGCCCUGCGAAGCCAAUCGGCGUCUGCGGGAGGGCCAGCAGCAGCAAGUGGCGGUGCCGCAACGGCGAUCGAAGGAGUUGCUUCCGGAGCAGCGGCAGCUCCCGCGACUGCCGCUGCUUGCAGCACGUGGCUGGACACGGUGACACAUCACGUGCAGCAGAGCGCCAGCCGGUACGUGGCGGCCAUGCAGGCGGCAG